ACUAUUGUUUAUGGCAUUUUAUGCUUAUAAAUUUUCUUAUAUUGUGAAGUUGUUAACCUGAUGUAUCUAUUAUGCUGUUAGAAGAACAACUUUUCAUGAUUUGGAUGUCGUCAACUGGACUGGAACUGGCCUCUAAUCUGUGGGUGGCUAAAGCCACACAAAACAGGCUGGAGACAGGAAAAUCAGGACACAAACAGAAGUUUAAUUAAUUUUAGAUUGAAAAAAAUGCUACCUGCAGGUGAAAGUCCACCUCCUAAAAGAAAGGCUUAAUUUUGAUAAUGCUGGGACCACUUAUAUAUAGGAAAGGGGUGGGCCUACAACAGAAGCAUUCUUAGAUCUGGAAUCUCGAGAUAGUCCUUGAAGCUGGCAUUUCUUGGGAAUAUAUAGGUAUUCUUGGGUCCUCUGUAAAUAUUCAUUGUCUCAAGCUUUAGGGGAUCAUGGCCAAUCUACAGGGCAUAGAACCAGAGUCAUGUGACAGGGGCAAGAGGGCAGUACCUAUCAAUAACAAGGAAUAGGAAGUGUGAACAUGUGAUGGACGGCCAUGGGAAAUAAGGGGAGCUAUCUCAGUGAACACCUGAUAGUGGUCCAAGCAAAACAUUUUGCCAAAGAUGAUACCAUCCUGAGCUUAAAGAAUUAUUGUUACACCAAGCCCAGGUCACAGCCUGCUUGCUAGGCCUUAGCUCUGGAAAACAGAUUAUGGCCAAAAUAUUUUGACAAUGUUUUUAGAAUAUAAAAUGAACAACUAAGAGAAGGUGAAAAAAAUUGUUUGAAAACUGUUAUUUUUUAUCAGCCCUGCUAAUGCUGUUUUAUGAUGUUUGGUAAUGCAAUUUACAAAACUGGACAUUUCCAUCUUUGCCUAUUGUUCAAAGGAAGUUACAGCUAAUACCGUUUGGUGAUCACUUUUGAAAGUUAUAAGAAUGUCGUUUGGGAUUAUGUUAUAAUGUUAAACCCUAGCAAAUAUUUUCAUAAGUACUUUAAAAAGGGAAAAUUGCUCAUUGAUUAAUGUGUAAGAAACAACAAAGAAAAGACCUUGUAGACUCUUCUUAUAUUGUAAACUUGACAGAUUCUUGGAAACCAUCUAUGUAUGGAAGGUCAUCAGCUCUGUAAAAAGAACUUGUUGUGGGUUAUGGAAUGCCUAAAAAAUGAAAUUGAUUUAUUUAGAAUUUUCAAGUUUGUGUAUAAUAUAGAAGUGAUUUCUAAUCAUCAAUCCUUAUUACCAGGAUGUGUCUAAAUUCAAGAAGAAGAAGAAAAAAAGAAAAAAGAAGUGAAGACUGUUAAGUGAAAUCUCUCACGUAUGUGUAAAUCCUGGUAAAUUUUUAUUGAUUAUUGCAACUUCAUGAGCAUAAGAAACAACUAUGUAGCCCUAAUCUGUGAUUAGUAAGACUUGUAUUUGAGAUAAAAAGCUUUUGGGACUAUAACUGAUACUGUUUUGAGUUUUGAAUUCAGGUAUAAUUGUCUGAUGGAUCAUUAAAUCAGUAAUCCACCAUUUGAAAGAAAUGCCACAAACUACUCAGGGAGUGUAACCCUGAACUGUUAAAGGUGGAGGUGUGUAUCUGGGAAAAAGCCAUGAAGACAAGCUUGCCUAGCCUAAGUUUCUCCCUCCAGAGCCCAGUGAACAAACAUCACAACCCUGACUCUUCAAAUCAUGAGUUCCUACCCUGCUCUGAUGGCCACUGGCAGCACUGUCCACAGCCCGAAGUACCGGGUUCUAGUCCGAGUGUCUGAGAACUGCCCUAGAAUGGAGAGGAAACUGCAAAAGUAUUUCCAGAACCCAUGGAGAUCCGGAGGAGGCAAGUGCAAAGUCAAACUUGGUCCUACAGAAGGCACUUUCUGGGUAGAGUUUUAUAAAAAACAAGCCAAGGAAGGAGUGAUAGCAAAAAGAGAUCACUCUGUGGUUGUCAAUGAUACAUCACACGUGGAUGUCUUCAUAGAAUCAAGUGAAAACCCAGAAGAGAACACCACUUUGGAAAUAAGCCAACCUUCCCCUCAGACUCAGUCACUCCCAGAGGAAGUUCCAUGUGAGAAGCACCCAGAAGAAGGAGGUGCUGCGAGCUCCUCUAAUUCCUUCAUUCAAAAGGUAUUUCUUUAUGUGGAGGCCCAGCUGAACUUCAAGCUUUCUACAGAGCAAAGAGAGAGAAUCAUUAACCUCUGCCCAAAUGUCAAAAUAGAGGGAGGACAAGAUGGAAUUGAGAAAGUGAUUGGUGACUACCAAGAUAUUGAAAAAAUUUAUCAAUUCUUAAAUGAGAAGAUACUGGGAAAUGACCAGAAAGAAGAUUUUUCCUACUCGGCCUCAGCAAGAGAAAUUGAGCACAUUAUGUCAGAUGAGAGUGAUGAUCCUAUCCUUGACUCAAGCCCCACACAGACAGCAGAAGAGUCAGACCUUAUUACAGUUCCUUCGCAUCUGUAUGAAUAUUUUAAAUAUUUCUUUGCCGAAACUCUAGACAGGAUAGAAAGUGAGCAUCAAGUACGUAUCAACAGUACUUUGGUGUAUCCCACAGGCAAUGUGUGUUUAGAAUUUGAACCAGCUAAGUCAGGGGACAGGAAGGGAGCUCAAGAAGCUUUUACCAGAGCAUUUCAGAGGGAAAUGCAGAAUGUGUCCCGUCAGGAUGUUCAUUUCACAGAUAGUAAGCUAGCAUUUGAUGUCCAAAAAACACUGACUGACAUGUUUCAAAAUCUCCACGUUAAAGCUGAAGGAAAAGUCUUGAUGCUCUGGGGAAAUCCACAAGAUAUUUUAGGAGCUCAACAUUUCAUUGAAGCAAACUUCUCCCGCACACAACCUGAGGAAAUGAUGGCUUCCCAAAACAUGAUGAGGAAUGGAAUUGAGGUUGAUACGGCUCACUGGCGUCUUCUGUGUCAAGAACUUGCAGAAAUAGAGAAAACAUAUGAUACUGCAAUGGAAUUGGUGAACAAUCCCCAAACUCGGAAAACCUUCAUUGUAUUUAAACCAAAAGACAAAGGCUUAGACCUCUCUGCACAUGCCUAUGAAGAUUUCCUUGAUGUCUUUCAGAUGCUUUCAUCUCAGAUUGUCAAAGAGGUAGUGGACCUGAAAUCAUUCGACCAAGAGAGAAAAUUUUGGCCUGAAAAGACAUUCUUUGAAGACUUUGAAAGAAAGCACCCCCAUGUAAACUUGGAGUGGAAUGGACAAGAACUGACAUUGGCUGGCUUGCCCAAGUACCUUGCAGAAGCAGUGAAAUAUAUUAAAAGAUAUUUUGGUAUUGAAGAUCCUGCCCAGCAGAGAGGGCUAGGUUUUUCCCUUGGAGGGAGUUGGAAUAGAUUCUCCAAGUCCCCCUUGGACAACAUUGUUGAUGAUUUCAGAAUGGCUUUACCUGACAUUGAGGGAUUGCCUAGCUAUGGGGUCUUAGGGAGAGAGGAGAAGGAGAGAGAAGAGGAUGAGGAAGAAGAUGAAGAAGAGGAGGAGGAAGAAGAGGAGGAGGAGGAAUGUGUCAUCUGUAUGGAAGUCAUUCAUUACAAAGAAGUCCUCCCAAAGUGCAAGCAUGCGUUCUGUGGCCCUUGUAUCCGAGAGGCUAUGAAACAUAAGCCAGUGUGCCCUGUAUGCCAGACCUCCUAUGGCAUUCUGAAAGGAAAUCAGCCAGAUGGAACAAUGACAACGUCCUACAGAACAUCUUCACUUCCAGGUUACAAUUCCUAUGGCACUAUCGUGAUUCAUUAUGACAUGCGGGGAGGCAUCCAGACAGAAGAGCAUCCCAACCCAGGAAAACGCUAUGAAGGAACGAGACGGGUGGCAUACUUGCCCAAUAAUGAAGAAGGACGGCAGGUUUUACAUCUCCUCAGAAGAGCUUUUGACCAAAGGCUGAUUUUCACAGUAGGACAGUCUCGCACAUCAGGCGUCAAGGAUGUGAUCACCUGGAAUGAUAUUCACCACAAAACUCUACAAUUCGGCGGGCCGGAAAACUUUGGUUACCCCGAUCCCAGCUAUCUGCAACGAGUCAAACUGGAACUGAAGGCAAAAGGAAUCGAGUAAGAAUGCUGACUUCAAGGAUGCCUAGAAAGCUGAGCUUACAAAAGCUGUAGCUGUGGAAAAGAAUCAAAACAGUCAUUUAAAUAUGUGUGUGUGGAAAUCAGAGAAUUUAAGAAAAAAUUAAUUUGCUUCAGAACAAGUGAAAAGAACUGAUACCUAUUAGCUUGUCUAAUUUCUUGGAGUAUUUGUUUUUUUUUCCUUUUUAUUAAACAAACUGAGUAGAAAUGUCCAAAUUGUCUUAGUGAGAACCCAAAGUGUAACUACUCCAUGCUUUGCUGCUUGUCUUCAUUUUGCCAUUACCAGGGUUAUGGAAGUUAAGGAAUCUUCUAUUGCACCCUUUGCAGGAGGUGAUGACUGACUCUCAAGUGCAUUCACAUUUUUAUGCUAAACUGUUGGUGGCCUCGGAAUUCCCCAGAGUUUGCUCCCUUCUAACUGGAAUGGUAGCCAGGAACAUUAAAAAGAAUGGAAUACAUCUUGAAGAAAAUUAGUCUCUAAAUAUUUAUGAGUACUUCAUUUGAGAAAGAAACUAUCUGUCCUUGGAGCUCUGGCAAAUUUAAUGUAACUCGAGGAGUGGGGAACGAUGUUUUUGUAUUCAGUAAAGUCCAGUGACAUCCAAUUAGAAACUUCUGUUUGUCAUUCAGAGUCCCUUAGAAGCUUUCUCCUUCCUUUACUCUACCACUACGGACUCUGAUUCUGUCAUACAAGACUCUGAUUUUCCUUGCAAAAGAAACUCCAUCUCUCUGGAUUAUACAUCUUUACUGAAUAUUCUUCGAAUUGCCUUCCUUAAUUCCACCUACUGCAUUUCCUGACUUCUUUCAUGCCCUACCUAAAAUCCCAUCUUCUACAUGAAGCCUCUGCCAAACCUUACUAGUGACUUUCCUCUGUGGAUUAUCUCCAAAUUGGUCUAUAUAUAGCUUGUUUAUGCAUAGUUGUUUGCAUAGUGUCUUUCCCAUUAGAAUAUAAGCUAUUUGAGAGCAGAGACUGUGUUUUGUCUUUCUGUUGUAUUCCUAGAACUUAGUAUAGUGCCUAGCAUUUAGUAGGAAUUUGUUAAAUACUAGUUAACUAUGUGCAGACUUAUUAACUUGCCUGAGAAUCAGAAUCUCCAGAUUAAUAGGCAAUUGGCAUUGACGUUUGUGAUGCCCUGGUUCUCUUAUUCUUUUUGGGGGUCCACCUAGUGGCAGUUCCUCUGUUUGUUUGCCCUUAGUGAGAACACAUUCAUACCCAAAUAUUUUCCAACCUUUAUCCUCUAAAAAAUUAUCUACUCAAUUUGCCAUUAUCAUAGAUACCCCCUCACAAGUGUAGUGUUAGGGCAAUAGAUAAAAUGCCCAUUCAUCUCUGUGUAAAUCCAGCUUUUGUAUUUGCUACAAAAAUUAAGCAAAAAUAUUAGGAGCUUACAUAUUGGCUCCUUUAGCAUUGCUUGAGAAAUGAAGUAGAACUCAUGAUUGAGAGAGGUUCCUUUCCCACUUACAAAUAAUUAUUGGUGAUAAUGCAACACCUUAUUGCCAUAGAGCAACUAUUGUUCAAAUGAUCUUUAGUUGGAGGUUCUCUAAAUAAUUUAAUCAUCUAAAUCUGACUUAUGUUAGGGGAGGAAUGUUAGGGAGGUUAAUGACUGUGUCAGAUGCUUCUAAUAAAGUCAAAACUGUCUUGUGAUCAGAAAAAAAAGUUAUGAUUGUAAAAAAAUUAUUAACUAUUUCUGUGUUUUUUCCAUUUGUUUGCGAUAUUUCUGUGCUCUAAAGUGACGUGGUCAAUUUUUGCAAAAGUUCCAUGUGCUACUGUGAAAUAUGUAUAUUCUUUUGCACUCGCAUUAGAAUAUGCCAGAUGUCUUUCUGAUAUAUAUUCUCCAAUUUGUUCAGUUCCUUGUUUUAUUUUUGUUUAAUAUUCUAUUAAAAUCAUUCCAAACUGAGAAA